AUGGCAUCUAUACUUGACAGAGACCCUGAUGCCGACAAGAAGAUGGGUCCCCGAAACUCCAUAGCGUCCGACUUUGCUGAAGAUGAGGUUGUCCAUGAUUUUGGUUACAGCCCCUCAUACGCCAGAGUCUUUCGUUCUCUGGGCACCAUGUCGCUCACAAAGGCUAUGGCCUCACCCAUGUGCGGCAUCUUCAUAGCUGUAUCUUAUCAGAUCAACUAUGGUGGCUAUUGGGGACUGACUUGGGGCUGGUUUAUCCCUUCAUUCCUUUUCCUCCCGUGGGCUCUCACUACCGCAGAGUUCUGUUCAUCGAUGCCAGUCAAUGGUGCCAAUUAUUGGUGGACAGCUGCACUCGCACCUCCGUCGAUAUUCCGUCCUCUGUCUUUCAUCGCAGGCAUGGCCAACAUCAUGAAUGCCCUCACAAGCAUUGCAAGUUUUGCUUGGGCAUCGCCCAGCUCGAUCUGCACCAUCAUAGGCCUCUUCACCGGCUGGGUACCGACCAAUCCUAUCAUCUUUGCGGUCGCUAUAGCUACCUGCGCUGCAUGGUUUUUCACAGCAUCUAUUAGGAUGGAUAAAGCCAGCCUUGUUUUCAUCUCCUCGGCAACCCUUGUUCUCGUCUCCUUGGCCUGUUUUGUCAUUGGACUCCCCGUCGCCCAAGAGACCCAGAGUAUGCCUUUUACUUCUGCCGCUACCGUCUUUGGAGACUACACCAACUACAUUGCACCUCGCUCCAUCAUCAACACGUAUUGUCUACAAGCAGGCAUGGGUAUGAUAUUUUGCACCUUAUUGGCUUUCUGUAUUACCGACAUGGAAGCAGCAGCAUCUGACCCUACCGGCUACGCUGCCUUUGCUCUUCUGAUAGAGCGCUGGGGUCUCAAGGUCGCGGGAGCUUUCCUGCUCAUUAUCUUCCUAAGCACCUCCAUCGGAUGGGGGUAUGCUCUUAACUAUAAACUCUCAUACGUCUCGCCCCGGAGCAAUAUGCCAAUUUAUACAACAAUGUUUCUCACGAUUGGUGGAAUGCUUAUGCUAUGUCUGGGAUUUUCUCCUAUUGCCUCCGAGACCAUAUACUCCCUUGCUAUCAUUGCUGUCAUGGUAUUGUACGCACUACCCAUGAUAUUCAGAGUCUUCGACAAUGGACGAUGGGUUCUGGGUCCGUGGAAUAUGGGCCGAUUUAGCAAGCCCGUUCAUGUCUUGGGUUUCUUGACGGUCGUCUAUAUGAUGAUAAUGGAAUGCUUCCCUCCUCAGGCAACUUGGACUGGAGCGAUGCUGAACUAUAAUUGGGCUGUGUUCUUGGGUGCUGUAGUGCUCUCUACCCUCCUGUGGUUUUCUCAUGGCUCCCCUCAUUACAAGGGGGUUAACCAAGAAAUGCUGAGGGCUUGGAGAGAGCGCGAGCAUGACCGCGGUUUGAGCCAGGAAGGUUCUGGCGAAUCCCGUAGCGAAACAUACAUUGAAGGAGUGAAGCCUCAGCCAUUCUCAUCGCCAAAGAUGAGCAGUUCAUUUUUCUGUCAGUGUACUCUACUGCCUAAUCCAUUGAUAGCUAUCUAG